UCUUCAGAAUUGAACCUUAUUCUCCAGGGAAGUCAGGUUGCUCACUAGGCUGAGCUUGCUGGAACGCUCCCAGCUUAAGAAACUCUUGUGCGACCUUAACUCCAUACAUCUUAGCAUGAUUCAACUGUGGGGAGAGGAAGACAUCUGCCAUCGUAACUUCAUUCCCGAUACAAUAAAGGCCAGGAUCAUCUCCAAGCUUGUCAUCUACAGCUUGGAGGCCCUUUCUGAUGAAAUAUUGUGGCCAUGGAGGAAUGUCCUUUACUCCCAUUUCUUUGAGUUUAUUCAACGUCCCAACACCCUGGAACGGCUGAAUCGAAGAAUUUAUGUAUUCACAGAUCUCUUGAGUCUUUAUGUACUGAGCCAAAUGGCUUAA